CUAAAUGCAUUUCACACCAAGUGAACAUUAAGUGUUAUACACUACUCUUGCGUGAGUUCUUCUUCUGUUCCUUUCUGUGGCCAUGGAUGGAAAGAAAUUAGAGUACAAAGGUGAGGAAGCACUAAAGGAGAUAGAGAGGCUGACAAUGAAGGCUGCUGAAGUUCAAGAAGGCCUUUUGAAACAGAUCUUAACUCAGAACAGGGAAACUGAGUAUUUGAGUAAGUAUAUGAGGGGAGAAAAAAAUAUAACAGACGUAGCAGAGUUUAAGAGGUGUGUUCCAGUAAUCACUUAUGAAAGAAUCUUCCCUUAUAUCCAGAGGAUUGCAAAUGGGGAAGACUCUACUCUCAUCACCAGUCACCCAAUAACAGAAAUGUUAUGCAGUUCAGGGACAUCAGCUGGAGAGCCUAAAAUGAUGCCAUCGAUUGUGGAAGAUCUAGAACGCCGUACCUUUGUGUACAAUCUUAUCACGCCAAUCAUAAAUCAGUACGUUUCUGAUCUUGACGAGGGCAAGGCAAUGUAUCUGUACUUUGUAAAAGCAGAAAUGUGCACUCCAUGUGGCCUACCAGCCAGAACAGUGUUAACAAGCUACUACAAGAGCAAGCACUUCAAGUGCCGCACACACGAUCCUUGGAACGACUACACAAGCCCUGACCAAACCAUUCUAUGCAAUGACAGCAACCAAAGCAUGCAUUGCCAGCUUCUCUCAGGUUUGGUCCACCGCCGCCACGUCCUACGCCUCGGUGCCGUCUUCGCCUCCGCACUUCUGAGAGCCAUUUCCUUCCUGGAACGAAACUGGAGGCACCUUUGUGAGGACAUUCGAACUGGCCAACUCAGUUCCUUCAUAACAGACCCUUCAUGCCGUUCAUGCAUGUCCACAUUGCUUUCAUCCCCUGACCCUCGUCUCGCUGAUGAAAUCACGAGAAUCUGUAGCCAGAAGUCUUGGAAGGGAAUUCUGUGCCAGCUUUGGCCUAAGGCAAAGUUCAUUGAGGCUGUGGUUACUGGCUCCAUGGCUCAGUAUGUUCCUGCUCUUAAGCACUACAGUGAUGGGAAAUUGCCUUUGGUUUGUACCAUGUAUGCUUCUUCUGAGUGCUACUUUGGGGUUAAUCUGAAGCCUCUUUGUGAUCCUGGUGAUGUUGCUUUUACGCUCUUGCCUAACAUGGGUUACUUUGAGUUCCUUCCUCUUGGACAUAACGGGACGCUGUUGAUGGACUUUGAUGAAGGGGAGCAGGUUCCCAAUGAUAAGCUUGUGGAUUUGGUGCAUGUUAAGCUUGGUUGCUUUUAUGAGCCUGUGGUCACUACUUUUGCUGGGCUGUAUCGAUACCGCGUUGGUGACGUGCUUCAGGUGGUAGGAUUUUACAACAACGCCCCACAAGUCCGUUUCAUCUGCAGGAGAAACGUUGUGAUCAGCGUCGACACCGAGAAGACCAACGAGGAGGACUUGCACAGGGGCGUGACAAUGGCAAAAAAGUUGCUGGAGCCCUACGAUGCUCUCUUAGUGGAGUACACAAGCUACCCCGACACUUCUUCGAUACCAGGACACUACGUAUUGUACUGGGAAAUUCUUCAUUGCGGGAUAAAGACGACAGAGUCAUCACAACAACUUCAACUUCUUGACGCAAACGUGCUUGAGGAAUGUUGCAUUGCGGUGGAGGAACAAUUGGACUACGUAUAUAGACGAUGCCGUAGCUAUGACAAGUCUGUGGGGCCACUUGAGAUACGUGUGGUGGAGCCAGGGACGUUUGAUGCAUUGAUGGACUUGUUUAUUAGCCAAGGUGCUUCCAUCAAUCAGUACAAGACUCCAAGGUGCAUCAAGUCUAAGAAAGCACUCAAGUUACUCAAGUCUAAAGUUACAGCGUCUUUCUUCAGCCCUAGGGAUCCCAAAUGGUCCCCUAAGAUGUGUUCAACUUGAGGAUUAUUAUGUAUGGUGUCUUAUUGAUUGCCUCAAACCUCAAGUGAUUGGUAGUUGUAAAAGAAUUUGGCUCUGGCUGGUUAAUUGAUAAUUUGUACUCAUAAUCUUUUCUGUAAGGAAAAGCAGAAACAUUUUAAGGCUCUGGUACCAAGAAGUUCUAAACAUAUAUAUAUCCGCAUCAAUUUAAUAAAUAAUAUA